AUGUUGAUCUACAAGAUAUUCGAUUACAUUAGUAUUACGCUACUUGGUCGUAUCGAAAAGUUUAUAAGAAAUCUUAAUGCAAGACUUUUGCAAGAAUCAAAUCUCAAACUAAUAGCGAAUAGUGAUAACAUAGAAACUACUCUGUCGAAUAGCAUAGUACAUGUUACUGAAGACGUCGAAAGAGAAUAUUUACUAGAUACUGACUUUGAAGCGGUAGUUGUUGAUGUACAUCAUGGCUACAUAUACUACACAGAAGAUGGUAUGAACCUUCUCGAUGGCUUUUUUGAGAAUAGUCUAUGCGAUGAUAUAGGGUACGGCUUAUGUGUAUCAGGAUACAAUAACGUGCCGACUCAAAAUAUAUUCACGGCAAUUUCUUUGGUGGUAUUCGUUAUGUUUGGCAGUGUAAUGUACCUUGUCAUAGGAUACUUGAUACCAAUAAAAUUUUCUGCUGGAAAAGUACAAUAUACUAGUUGGAAUUCAAGCUUACAAAAUGAACAUCACGUUCAGCGAGAUGAUUUAUCUGUAUCGGCCUUAAUAGAUACAUAUGCUUCACGUCCAAACUCCCAAUCUAAUACAAAAUUUAUUGUCCAUGUUGAGGCAAAUGCUCAGAUACCUUAUAACCUGAGUAAACAAACCGGGGAUUUACUACUGAAUAACCUGAAUUUUCUAUCGUAUGACUUUAUAAUAGAUGACUAUAUGGACGAAAACUUAGUGGGUAAUAAGGAUGAACUUGAUGUUAAAUAUAUGGUCUCGGAGAUGCUAGAAGAUAAGUCAAAUAUAGCUCCAAUAAUCAAACCAAAACUAAGAGAAGUUCGAAAUGCAUCAAAGCGGAUUCGAAGGGAACAUGAAGGAUCUUUCUCUGAAACUCCAUUUCCUCAUAAUAUAUCUCGGUUCGAAUACAUUUGUCCGCAUCUGGAGAGCUCUUCACUAUCAUCUGCAGAUUCCUCACCACCUCAGACAAUAGAAUCAGAUAUUCAAAAUAACAGUAUUGUAACAGACGAUGAAUUUGAAAUAAGUCAACAAAAUUGUUUGCAGAAUUUGUUGCAUUUGUACAAUGAAACGCACACCACUACUAUCCCUUGCUUCCCAAUAACAAUUCAAAGGAAAUAUAAUGGAGACAAUUCCUACCACGAAAGACGAGAUGCAAAACAAAAAUGUUCCUCGCAGGAAGAAAUAUCUCAAAUAACAGAAUCAGAUUUCAACGAAUUGGAAUAUAUCGCCAUGUAUGAGAGAUUUGGGUGCAAUAAGCGAAAUAUAAAACCUUUCACUAAGCUAUCGAAAACAAAAUAUAGUCCACUUUAUAACGCACCAAAAUUUGUGUUAUCUCAAACCACUGUACCCCUCGUUUCUAAUGAAGAACUAGAUCCGUCGAUAUUCUUUGAUUUAUAUGACUAUUUGAGUUUGUUGGAUAUAAAUGACAGGCUGGAAUCUCUCAAGAUCUUAUCCCACGAGUAUGAAAAUGAUAGCCAACAAGUCAUGCAUUUGGUAGAAUUGGAAAUCUUAAAUCUAUGCUCCACCUCAAAUGAAUUUGAAAUACAAGAUAUAGUCAAAACAUUGCAUUAUAUUAUUUCCAGUGAGUAUGAUGGAGACAAUCCAAAUGUUUCGAAGGUUAUUCAAAUGUAUAAUAAUUCCCUUAAACGACAUGUCCAUGAUUUGCUUGCGCUAUUAAGAACUCCCUUUGCUGAAAAAAUAGUUGUCCUAUUAUGCGAUUAUUUAUCAUUCGCCGAUAAUAAUAGAGUUGAUAUUAAAACUUAUAAUAAUUGCCUAGAGACUAUUAUUGAAAGUACCGAGUUCAAUAAGGAGGCUUAUGAAACUAUUUCAAAUUCCGCUUGUAUAAUGGUUUGUGCAUUAGAUUUCACAAUGCUCCCAUACACCUUCUUCAUUAUCUUUGAUCACAUAUUCAUGGAGGAAAAGUAUAAGCCCAGCAAGCAAAUAACUGCAUUAAAAUGUCUAAAAUACUAUAUUUGUUUUAACAAGUUGAGCAUAAUCGAUGAGUUAACUGCAAAUCCAAUGGAAAAUAAGGUUAAAUGCUGUGGCUACCAACUAGUGAACCUCUUAUUAUCAAAUACUCUGAAAAUAAUUCGUAUAUCCCGGAGGUCCAAUAUCCCCAAAAACAUGACUACAAAUCCGAAAAACACCAAUUCACCAACUAUUAAUACAAGCAUUGAUCCCCUUAUUUUAGAAUUAAUUGAUACUUAUCUUGUUAUCGUUGAAAUAUUUCUCAACAACGAUAAAAUCCCAUCAGCGAUCCAAUAUGAAUUGUUAUCAUCAUUCAUAACAAAGAUAUAUACUCAGAUAAAACCUUUUGUGGAAAGUGACUCAAGAACUCUUGACCCUCCAAUUCUAAAGGAGCUUCAAAUUCAUUUUGAUCUAACCCAGUAG